AUGGAUUUGGAAGAGCAUUCUCUCGGGGAGGGACUUGUUAGCAAAAGGUGGUUACAACACCUUGGUCUGCCCCUCCACCUGGAUGGGGUGAAGGUUAACUGUGAUGGUGCUUUUUCUGCAACAAGGAAGCGAGAUCCAGAAGGAUGUUCGUGUGGGCAUAGGAUAGUUCCUGUUACUUAUUUUUUGUUAGAGAACGAAAUUCAAGAAAAAGCUCCAAACAACUCAGCCAUGGCGACCUUCAAUAUCCCCUCUUUCAUCAUCUUCUUCUCUCUCUUCUCCUUUGCCUUUUUAUCUCCGGGAAACACCCUCAAUGCCGCCAUGGGAACACUCUCAGACUCCGGUCAUCUCUCCAUGGCCUUAACUCUACAACUCGUCUCCCAAACCCUACUCCUCCGGUCACCAACCGCCACAAUCUUCGCUCCUUCCGAUGCUGCUUUCGUUCACAUAGGCCAACCUUCCCUCAAUCAACUCCAAUGCCACAUCUCUCCAGUUCACUUCCCCACCAAGAACCUCAAAGCCCUUCCGUACGGAUCUACCAUUCCCACAUUACUUCCAAAUCACUCACUUAUCGUCACUUCUUGGCCCUCCGAUUCUCAAUUGUCAAUCAACAACGUCAAGAUUAAUGAACCGGCCAUGUAUGAUAAUAACCAAUCUUUGAUCGGACACGGGGUUGCAGAAUUCUUUGCUUCUUCUCUCCGUUUAUCCCUGAAUUUGCAUCCAGUGCCUUCCCCUAGUUCAAUCGCCGAGCCCAAUUAUCCAAUUCUGAGCAAACGGUUGGCUUAUUAUGGUAGAGCGUCCGGUUUGCUAAGGUCAAGGGGCUAUACUAGAAUGGCCACAUUUCUUAAUAUGCAAUUGGCAGGGUCCAGCAAUGGGACUAAGUUGACGAUUUUUGCACCGAUAGAUAGGGAAAUCGAUGAAUAUGUAAAGAAUAAUUUUAGUGAUUACUCAGUGGUGUUUCGGAGGCAUGUUGUUCCUGAUUGGAUCACAUGGAGGGAUUUGGUCGCGGUUGAUGAUGGCAAAACGCUGCAGACAUGUUUGGAAAGGUUUAAUAUUGAAGUCAAAAAGUCUGGUGAUAAUCUUGAGGUUAAUGGUCUUCCGGUUAUCUUUCCAGAUAUGUACAACAGCGAAUGGCUUCUGGUGCGUGGACUUUGA